UGACGUCACUACUUAGCACGUAAACAAAGAGCUAGAGACGGCUGAUCAAGUAAACAAGAAAGCUCUUGUCUCUGACGCGACGUACACGACUGGCCGGCUGUCCGAUACACACGCGCGCUAUGGGAAAGAGAAAGUUUCAAGACUUUAUAUCUGACGAGUGCCACCGUCGCUAUAGUUGUGUUCACUGCCGGGCCCACCUCGCCAGCCAUGACGAGCUUAUAUCUAAGUCCUUUCAAGGCAGCCAGGGAAAGGCUUAUCUCUUCAAUAAAGUUGUGAACAUUGCCUGUGGUAGACCAGAGGAAAGGUUUCUCUUGACUGGACUUCAUGCUGUGGCAGACAUCUACUGCAGCUCUUGCAAGACAACUCUGGGGUGGAAAUAUGAGGUUGCGUUUGAAGCUAGUCAAAAGUACAAAGAAGGAAAGUUCAUUAUCGAACUGGCACACAUGGUCAAGGAAAAUGGAUGGAACUAAAAACUGUUUGUAUAUAAUACACUCCACUCAUCACCAUGCCCCUCACAGUAAUGGUCUUCAUUCACUAUAAUAUAAUUACUUGUUUUAUCAGUUUCAAUUUGUGUUCCAUUCAUCAUCAAUGCUUCCAAUAAUUGUGUUCACAUAAUAAUUAACAUAAUAAUUACAAUGACAUUUCAA